AGUUCCACUAUAUUAUUGCUGUUUGACAUCCAUUUAUUUUAUAAAGUCCUCGUAGAGCGUCUAAGUUUAUUAAAAAAUAUUUAUCCAUUAUUAUAUUAUAUGAAAUGCAUAACACUAUAAUUAUAUUUGUCCUCUUGUGUACUUUUCAAAUUGUUGUUGGGACAUAUUGGAAGAAUAUUUUAUUGAAUGAUGGUGCAAUCAUGCCGCCCAUCGCAUUUGGUACUGCAGCUCCGAUAAGCGAUUUGGAUGACGUUGUUUCAUCUGUAAUAACCGCAAUAGAAACCGGAUUCAGACAUAUUGAUACAGCUCCGUUAUAUUUCAAUGAGGCGCAAAUAGGGGCAGCUAUCUCGAACGUCACGAAGCGGGGUUUAGUGCAGAGGAGAGAUCUAUUUAUUACAACAAAGCUAGAUGCUUAUUCAAACCGAAGUGAAAUUAUUCCAGCUAUUAAAGGCAGCUUACAAAGGCUACAAUUAAGCUAUGUAGAUUUAUAUUUGAUCCAUACAUCAGAAAAUGUGCCCACAGGAACACCAAUAGACUUUCUCGACAUUUGGAAAGGCAUGGAAGAAGUGAAAAUGAUGGGCUUGGCAAGGUCCAUUGGUCUAUCUAAUUUUGAUAGCAAAAAAAUCAAUACGAUUCUCGCACAUAGCAGAAUAAGGCCGUCUGUUAAUCAAAUAGAGGUUAAUCCUACCUUUGCAAAUCUUGAUUUGGUAUCGUACUGUCAGAACGAAGGCAUAGCUGUUAUGGCUUAUUCUCCUUUCGGCUUGCUUGUACCGCGGCCUUAUAAAAAUACAACCAAUGAUCUCACGUUCGAUGAUGCUACUUUUAUGAAAUUAUCUCGAAAAUACUAUAAGGUGCCCAGCCAAGUCGUGUUACGUUAUUUGAUAGACCGAGGGACAGUUCCCAUACCGAAGUCUUUUAACAAGGAGCACAUCAAGUCAAAUUUCAACGUUUUAAAUUUUAAACUUACCCAAAAAGAAGUAUACGAAAUUAAUGAAUUGGAUAGAGAUAUAAGGUUGUACAAUUUUGAUAAUACGAGUAUAGAGGACCUAUAUGAAUAUUACUUUGGAACCAGUUCCGCAGAAGUUUGGUCACGGGCCGCUAAUAUGAACGAACUUCAACAACCGCAAACAACUAACGACACAGGUGUAUGUUUGUUAUAUAAGUAUAAUUAA